ACGGCGAUACGUAACGGUCCAAAGCGGACAAUAUCUAUUAGCGGUGGGCUUAGGCUGUUAUACUUUCAUAUUCACUACUCUACAAUUGCUUUCGUUUAUCUGCAGCAAUUGGUAGACACUCUUUUGCUAUGUAUCCGACUCCAAAUCCUUACAGGCACAUCCUAGAAGCUGCAGAUGAUUUUGAAAAUUUUAGUUCUAUUCACAUUCCUCAACAUCUUUAAAUAAUGUUAUAAUCAGCCUCUCUAGUAGGAAUACCUUUCUUUGAUGACCAAUUUAUGAUGAACAUAAUAUUCAUUUCUUUGACUGACCAUUUUCAGUAAUAUAACAUGGUGAUAUGCUGGUUCAUUACUUUCUCACCGUGCUACCUUGACUAUGUCCAGUUAUUCUCAUGUGGCUGUGAAGCCCUUUGAAGUGUUGUUUCAGUACACUAGAUACGACAACCAUGUUACUGCGAGUGAUAUGAUCACUCCGUUGGAUGUUUCAGUCGUUAUUGGGAAGAACUACCAGCUUUGAUAUCCUUUACGAACAGAUCCAUUGGCUCAUCACCGAUCCACAAGUGUUGGCUUGUAUACUGUCUUCACGAACUGAUGUAGUAAGUUAUGUUUAAUAACUUUGGUUUAGUUGUUUUGUUGUCAGAUCUUAUGAUUCAUCUCUUGUAUUAAAUACUUUUGAAUCAUAAUAAACUGCCUUCACCAUGUUCUGGGAGAAUUCCUUCCUUCAGAAGGCCGGCAACAUGAUAAUGCCCGGUAUCACAAUCGGCUAUAUAACAUGGAGCAACGAAAGAACGUUGCCAUUUUGCCUAUUCAAAUGUUUGAUCCAUUUAUUGAUCUGCAUAUGAUUCUGAUCAUCAUUGGCCCAUGUGGAAAUUGCCACUGCAGUUUGUUUACGAGACUCUAUGUUAAGGAGACAAAGUGGAAAUGUUACAGGAGGGGGGGGAACUCAUUUGUUCACUGGAAAAUCGAGGUUUCCUCAAUUCUGCUGGUGAAGAGUUGCAGAAUGCUGACCUACAAGUCCUUUUCUCUGCGGUCAAACAUUACAGCUCCGGUUGCUUGUUAUUCAAAACAAUUUGAUUGAAGUUGCAACAUAAUAUAAGAGAGGCGGGGUAAGGCCGUCAACCCUAUUAAUAAUUGCUUGAAUUGAUACCUAUGCUUGUCCC